UAUUUAUUAAUUUUUAAAAGAAUAGUCAUUUACAAGAUUUUGUUCCCCUCUAUGUAUUAUCGUUACAAAUGAAAAGAGUUCAGAAAAAAACCAAUAGAUUGCGCGUGUGUAGUCAAGAUAAAAUCAAGAAAAAUAAGAACGGGACUUAAGGUUUCAUUUAAUGGCUAACAUUCAUAUUUGCGACUGUUUUUGAAAUUAGUUUUGUUUUAUUCCCUGUUCUGUUUUUCUGAUUUUGUUUUGUAAGAAUAGCAAAGGAACGAUCAAACAGAAAGAAAUAAAAAUGGAAAAACCACAUUCCUUUUGUAGGUUUAAUUACUAACUUCUGUAGGUUCGAAUGACAUAAAAGAUGUACUGGUUUUUGUACUUGAGACAUUAACCGCGAGAUCGCGCAUCACUUCAUUAUGUAUUUCCCGCGCAUUUUAGUAGUUUGCUAAUGGUAUACGAGAAGAUAUAAACGAAUUUGUACGUGAUGUGAAAAUUAAUUUGCAAUGAAGUUAUGGUAAAUUUUGUGUUUUGUGAUUUUUAUGAGCAUUGUGACAUUUAAACAAGCAGCCAAUAGUCGUUGUGAAAUGCGAUAAAACUCGUUUGCGUAUAUCGGACGUAGGCUGCGUUAUAAAAUAUGAUAGCAGUGUUUUGUGUGAAGCGUGCUUCAGUAGUAACGUGGAAUGAAAAAAAAGAUGGAGGCAAAGAAAAAAAGAAAGAAAGGAAGAAAAAAGAAAUAGGGUUCUAAUGAGGACGCUGGGCGUAGCGGCGACGAAAUGAAGCAUGCAGCAUGCGUGGUAGCGGUGUCACGGCUGCGCGGUCCUGCCUUCAACCCCUGGUGUCCGCCAGCCGCUACCUCGCCGUUCAAGCCCUUCCUGGUGAUCCUCUUUACUUCGUCGUUGAGGCGAAGUCGAGAGUGAAGGAGGUGUACGCGCAGACAUGCAUGCUUCUCGGCCAGCAGGGCAUGCGAGACUGCGAACUGUUCGGCCUGGCAAUAUUGUCCGACGGCGAGUACCUGUUCGUCGAUCCCGAGAAUAAAUUAAGCAAAUACGCGCCGAAAAACUGGCGAAGUUCUCAUACAUACGGCUUGGACAGCAGCGGAAGGCCAGCUUUCGUCCUCUACUUUCGCGUCCGCUACUACGUCGACACACCGUUGCUCCUAAGCGAUGAAACGACGCGUCACCACUAUUACCUGCAACUGCGCGACAAUGUCGUCAGGCAUGGCGGUGGGGUGGAGAGCCUCCAUCCUCACCAUCCCUUGCAUGAACCUUCUAUCGUUACGCCCCUGCUCACACUCGCGGGUCUUGCCCUACAAGCCGAUCUUGGCGACUAUUCCGAGGAACGACAUAGACCACACGCAGGACCUGUGGGAUAUUGCAAACCCACGGAUUACCUUCCGCCUCACAUGUGUCUCGAGUCGAAUGUGCUCGCCGUGCUCGCGGCACAGCACAGGGACAAUCGGGGCCUCUCGAGGGAGGAGGCAGAGUUGCAAUACAUCCGGGAGGCGGUGCUGCUGGAGGCGCCGCUCAACGCUCACCUCUAUCGGUUGCGAAGAAGCAAGAACGAGGCAGGUCCUGGACGUAUACUCCUCGCGAUUUGCGCUCGUGGGGUGCGAGUCUACGCCGAGGAGGAGACACCGCGUGUCUUUGCCUGGAACAAUAUCGGCAAACUUUGCUUCGACCGCAAGAAGUUUGAGAUACGCGCAGUCGACCAGCCGGACAAGCUCACCCUCUACAGUGGGUGCGAUGACAAAAGCAAAUUGCUUCUGGGACUCUGUCGAGACACCCAUCAGUUCUCCAUGGCCAUAGCACCUAGAGUAAAUGAAGCGAAGAGGCGAGAAGAGGAAGAGAGAAAAGUACUUCGCGACUGCUAUAUGUAUCCUGCGCGAUGCAAGCUGAGCUUAACAGCACGAGGGGCGCGCGGUGACCAACGAAUUUCUGUUAUCUCGAGCACAUCGUCUAACACAACUUCUGGAAUUGUUAGCGAUCGAGUUCAUAGCGAGGACGAGCCAGAUACGGCGCCCGCUUCGACCGAAUGUCUGCCACGUCUUACUGAAAAUACUUCACACUCCGGUGUUCAAUGCGGUGUAAAUGGAUCGAAUGCAGACGUCGAGGAUCGUUCCAUGCCGUCAUCCCCAGUCUCCACUGUGGAUGAAGUUGAUGGUACGGACAGCACCCCUACAACGGUUGCGUUACGAUUAGCAUCGAGUGCAGCUACGGCGGCUGAAGGGUCACAAUGUAGCAGCAGCUGCAGUACGGUCGUGGUUGUGAAUACACCUGCUGGUGGACCGCCGCGAAUGCGGCGCACAUCCGCGACUUCCAGUUUGGAGCUUGGUUAUUCGCAUACGGCACAGAAUUCAGCAGUUUCGUCAGAAACUGCUAGCUUUCCUGGCGCCAUUUACGACAGGUGCAAGAAAGGUGGUAAAUACGCAGGCACUGAUAUUGCGAGUGAAACUAGUGGAGUCUAUACACUCAGGAGUAGUGAAAUGCAAGAUGAAAGAAUGGCAGAUCUAUAUUCACCUACCGGUGAUGUGAAUGGAUCUUCCACAGCGAGUGACGUGUGUGCCUUAAGUUCCGUACAGUCUACAACCGACGAAGCUUCUGUAACAUCCGGUUUUUAUACCAUACACAGUGGUCUUAGAUCUGAAACUAGCGACGUUUAUACGGAAGAUGUGGGUACAGAAGAUCAAGAACCUAUUUACAGCGUCUGUAAAGGUGAUGAAGAUGUCAAUAACAUGAUGUCUACAAUCUCGGCAGUCCCUUUGGAUCAACAACUCGAAGAUUCUAGAUCACGUAGCAAUAGUAUACUUAGUGCAGGAAGCUUCAGAGGUGACGGCAGUGAUCCUUCCAGUGUUGGACCUCUGUUAUCAGCCGAUGAACUUUCUGAUUUGAUUGUUGGACGUUAUCCCCCUCGAAAAACUAUUAGCAAUUCUAUGGACUCUGAUUGCGAUUACGUUACUAUGCCUCCACCACCUCCACCACCUAGAACCGAUAGCGACAGACAACUUCCUCCACCUCCUCCUUACCCAGUGAACAUGGACUAUGCAACGAUAAAUUCAUCACGGUCGAACAUACCCGAUAUUGAAAGAGAACCUCCACCUCCACCUCCAUAUAAUGCUACUCGCGGUGAAUUUAUACCUUUGCCACCACGAAGAACUGAUCCACCACCACCACCACCAUAUACUUCACCAAGAGAAAGAAUUCAAAUACCACCGCCUACACCUCCAAGAAAUGAUGCGGUGACACCUAGAGAACCUCCACCUCCACCACCUUAUCCUGAAGUCUCGGAAGUCACUCGACAAGAAGCAAUUUCCAAAUUGUAUCCAAGUGAAGAAAUCGUGUCAAGGGUAACAUCGACGAAAAUACAAACGGGUCUAACAAAUACCAAAAUGAAUGCCACUCUGACAGCUUCAAAGACUACCAACACCACUCAAACAACGACAUUGCGUCAAUCGCUCCGAAACCACCACCCAGGAUUCAACCACCCACUUAUCCUGGUGACAAAAUGAAACCCACGCCGGUUCAUGCUCCCGUCGCAGCUCUUGUUGUUGGACCAAACAAUUAUUUGGACGUUCACGCUUCACGAGGUGGUCCAGUUUUGUUACCUUAUUUAACACCACCGCCACCUCCGCCACCUCCUCCACCACCCAUGAUACAUCCUAGACAACCCCCGCCUCCACCACCCAGCUUAGCUACCGUUUACACGAGUCAAGUUGCAAGAUCGCAGAUCGAACAAUAUAAGCAACAAUUAUAUUCAGACGUUGAUUACGUAAUGUUCCUUUAAAAGAUCCCGCAGUAUCGAAACAAGAAUACAUCGACGCAAAGCAAGGAUCACUUUUGGCAGCCAUGGCUGCUUAUCCACCACCUCCUUAUCCUUCGUUUAAUAA